GGAACCCCUUAGUUGUGUACGGAGAAAGAACGAUUUAAAAAUGGGUGAUGUUGAGAAGGGCAAGAAGAUUUUUGUUCAGAAGUGUGCCCAGUGCCAUACUGUGGAAAAGGGAGGCAAGCACAAGACUGGGCCAAAUCUCCAUGGUCUGUUUGGGCGAAAGACAGGUCAGCCUGUCGGAUUCUCUUACACUGAUGCCAACAAGAACAAAGGCAUCACCGGGGGAGAGGAGACGCUGAUGGAGUGUUUGGAGAAUCCCAAGAAGUACCUCCCUGGAACAAAAAUGAUCUUCGCUGGCAUUAAGAAGAAGGGAGAAAGGGCAGACUUGAUAGCUUAUCUCAAAAAAGCUACUAAUGCGUAAUC